UCCGGCGACGGCGGCGGCGGCGGCGGCGGCGGCAAGAGGACCGGGGUUGGGAGGCUGCGGGACGCGGGUAGGGCCACCGCGCGACGACCUCGGGUCCCAGAGAGGCUGCAGCGCAGCCGGGCAUCGGACUCGGUGCACCUCCCUGGUGCGCGCUUCUCCGCGCGCGGCCCCGAUGCUGGACAUGAGCGAGACCCGCGCCCAGCCGCCCUGCAGCCCAUCUGGCACUGCUAGCUCCAUGUCGCACGUGGAGGACUCAGACUCGGACGCGCCGCCGUCGCCUGCCGGUUCCGAGGGUCUGGGCCGUGCGGCGGGCGCGGGGGGCGGCGGCCGGGCCGACGCGGCCGAGGCGGCGGACGAGCGCUUCCCCGCCUGCAUCCGCGACGCCGUGUCGCAGGUGCUCAAGGGCUACGACUGGAGCCUGGUGCCCAUGCCGGUGCGAGGCGGCGGCGGCGGUGCGCUCAAGGCCAAGCCGCACGUGAAGCGGCCCAUGAACGCCUUCAUGGUGUGGGCGCAAGCAGCGCGCCGCAAGCUGGCGGAUCAGUACCCGCACCUGCACAACGCGGAACUCAGCAAGACGCUGGGCAAGCUGUGGCGCUUGCUGAGUGAGAGUGAGAAGCGCCCCUUCGUGGAGGAGGCAGAGAGGCUGCGGGUCCAGCACAAGAAGGACCACCCAGAUUACAAGUACCAGCCACGCCGGAGGAAGAGUGUGAAGACUGGCCAGAGCGACUCAGACUCAGGUGCCGAGCUGGGCCACCACCCGGGCGGUGCUGUCUACAAGACUGACGCCGGCCUCGGUGACGCACACCACCACGGUGACCACACAGGGCAGACCCAUGGGCCGCCCACCCCCCCCACCACCCCCAAGACUGACCUGCACCACGGGGGCAAGCAGGAGCUGAAGCUGGAAGGCCGCCGCCUGGUGGACAGCGGGCGCCAGAACAUCGACUUCAGCAACGUGGACAUCUCUGAGCUGAGCAGUGAGGUCAUCGGAAACAUGGACACCUUUGACGUCCACGAGUUCGACCAGUACCUGCCCCUCAACGGCCACUCGGCCUUGCCCACAGAGCCAGGCCAGCCCGCGGCCGCCAGCUCCUACGGAGGCACCACCUACUCGCACUCCGGGGCGGCUGGCAUCGGGGCGUCCCCUGUGUGGGCCCACAAGGGAGCCCCAUCGGCCUCUGCGUCGCCCACUGAGGCAGGGCCCCCGAGGCCGCACAUCAAGACGGAGCAGCUGAGCCCCGGCCACUACAGCGACCAGUCGCACGGCUCUCCGGGGCACACCGACUACGGCUCCUAUAGCGCUCAGGCCAGUGUCACCACGGCCGCCUCCGCCGCGGCCGCCAGCUCCUUCACCAGCUCACAGUGCGACUACACCGACCUGCAGGCCCCCAACUACUAUGGCCCAUACCCUGGCUACCCGUCCGGCCUCUACCAGUACCCCUACUUCCACUCGCCCCGCCGACCCUACGCCUCGCCCCUGCUCGGUGGCCUCUCCGUGCCGCCCGCCCACAGCCCCCCCAGUAACUGGGAGCAGCCCGUGUACACCACCCUGACCAGACCCUGAGGGUGCGGCCGCGUGGACGGGCUGCGGCCGAGGACAACCUUGAUCUCGGCAAAGAUAGAUAGACCUCCGAGGGCUUCCAGAAGGUGUGUGACGUGGGGAGGAGCCGCGACUCCGUCAAGUGCCUGCUGAGGUCCGCGGGAAGCCAGGCUUUGUAAACGAGUCCCCUCUGCUUCCAGACUUCCAAACUCCUGUCCAUGGACAAAGCCCUCCUUCCCUUCUUGCUCUCUUUUUGCGGGGACUGCGACUCUGACGGACAGUCACUGGGUCCCUCUUCCGAGCAGACGCCAGCGUCUGGGUUUUGCACCUCAGUGUCUGCAAAGCAGCAGCCACAGCACAAAGGACAAAAGGAGGGAAGAGGUGUGGGGUCUCCAGGCCGCCCGUGUUCCAAGGUCCUGGCCACCCUUGGCGCUGAGAACUCCCCGAGACCAAUGGAUGACGUUCCUGAGGCUGGUCAUCACCCGUCACCCACAGCCUGGCGGGGAUGUGUCCGCGGGAGCACCUCUUGGGACCAGCUCAUUAGACCUGAGGUGUUCCUUGUAGUUAGGGUUCUUCCGAGCAAGGUUUGGCUGUGAUUAACACUUCUCUCUUUUUAUUUUAUUUUUUUAAUUUUUAUUUUUGAAGCUUCAAUGUGUUUGAUUUGUUUUGAAAGCUGUUAAAAUGUAUUUAUGUUCUGUAUUAUUUUAUCUUUAAUUAAUGAAGUAAUCUGUGCAGAGAGCAGAAUUUAAGACAAAACGGAAGCCGCAGAGCUGAGGGUGAGGGCUGGGGGUGGGGGCAGAUGGGCUGGGGCCCUUGCUCCAGGCAUUUGCGAGCCUGGCUGUUUGGGAGGCAUCAGGCAGAGCCCCAGCUCCAGGGCCCCCAGAGGUGGCCGGAACCCCGAGGCAGGAGAAGGGAUUUGUCUUGUGGUGUCUCUGAUCAGGUUGAGGUGCCCCUGGCACCUGGCAUUAAGUCAAGGUUUAGAAGGCAGGGUGUCGCUGAAUCUCAUUCCUGCUCACAACCGUGCCAAGUGGUGGAGGCGGGAAUUUCCUGGGACGUGGUGGCUCCAGAAAUGCAUUAAUCUCGGCUCUUAGGAACCAGGCGCCACCUACAAGCUGUGAAACUAAAACCUUCUCCACUAAGCGCUUUUAGAUUCUUAGUUUUAGAAGAAUAAUACCUGAUUUCCCUGUCCUGCUUCUGCUGUGUGCUGAGCGAUGAUAACUGCCUACUUCAUGGAAAAUUGUGCCUUUAAAACUUUGUAAAUUUAAGUACAUCUGAGAUGUUGCUUCUUUUUACUUUUUCUACUUUUUCCUACCAUUUUCUAGAAAAAAAUUUUUUGUUUUGCAUAUCUCUUCCUGGGGGUGGGGGCAGGGAACUACAGCAAACUCAUUUUUAUGCAAUAUAUUUUUCGGUGUCAAGUUUGGACUUUCGCUGUCACUUACCUGCUGUGUUUCGCUACUUUCUGACCAAGCAACGCUAACUUUUGUACAGAUCAAUUUGAUAAAAUUAAAAAAUGCUUUUUAUCUA